CAGAAUCGCAAUCGACCUCCUUUGCCUUGCGUCGGGCGCCAUUGUUGUAAGAUCUCGAAUUUAAUAGAAGAAAAUCCGUAAUACGUACCUGUCCGGUAGAAUUAAAUGCGUUAAGACGUGUGUGCAAAAAUAUGAAUUUAAAGUUUUAAUAAGUUUUUUAAGAAAUAUUUAUGUUUAUUUCCGAAAAAAGUGGGCAAAGAACAUUUUUGGUGCAGGAACUUACAUCGGCACGGCAUUCUCGACUGUCGUAAAUUGACAGAUUUUUAAACUCUUCAUUGUUUUCCCUCAUAAACAGAAGCUGUUUUGAAGUUUAUAUUUUGCUAACCUCAAAAUAUGGAGAAGAUCGCUCCGCAGACAGAAAAUAUAGCUAGUUUUAAUACAUCAACAAGUAAAAGGUCAGUGAUUGCCGGAAAAUUGGACAGUGAUGAGUCAAAUAGUGAUGAAGAAUAUGCAACAUCUGGGUUUUAUGUAAGGGAAAAAAGCAAUGACAAAACUAUUGACUGUUCCACUUCCAAUACACUAGAUAAAACAGAAACUCUAAAGUUGAAAGAAAAUGGAAUAUCCUCAGAUGGAACUUCUGAUGGACCCAUUAAAAAUGGCGAUAACGCAGAAAAAGACGGUCAUACGGAAAACGAACAACUCGAAGAUCGUGAGCCAGAUCUUAAAGGAAUGGAGUAUGAAUCAAAAAAUGAAGGGCACAAAAUUGAUGAAAAUGUGACGAGUAGCAGUGAGCCUAAUCAUAUAAACAUAAGCAAUAAUAUUGAUGAAGAAAAUGGUAUAUCAAGCACCUCAAGUAAUGUUGAAAUGGUUGCUUCUCCUGACACUCCCCAGAUAGAACCUGAGAGAAAUAAAUUAGAUAACGAGGGACAGAGUGCUAGUAAAGAUUUGCAGAAAACUGAUCCUAAAAGUGACGAUUCAGAUAGUGAAAACAAAGAAGACAUUCAACCCACAACAGAAGCUAUAAAGGAAGCCUCUGAAGAAGAAGUUAACAAUGAAAGUUCCAAAACUCAGGAGGAAAAAUCUAAUAACGAAGAUAAUGACAAUGAGAAAAAAUUAAUUAAUGAAUCAGUUGAAGACAUUAAAAUUGUUGAUGCAGGAAAUGGUAAGAAAGAACCUAGUGAAGAACCGUCAAUUAUUAAAAAACAAAUUGAAAUUGGAGGAUCACAGAGUGACAAGGAGAAACCAUGUAAAGAACCUGAUCUGGAAAAAGUAAUUGAAAUUAUAGAAGAAAACACUGACAAUGAAGAGGAAUCUGCUAAGGAACAAGUUAUGGAAAAAAAGAAAGAAACCCUAAAACAUAAAAAGGGCAAUAAAACAAACUCCAGUGAACCCAGCAUUUCAGGCCUUCAAAAACAUAAGAGUGAUAGUGCAGAAUCACAAGACAUGGACAUGGAUGAAGAAGAUUUCGAUCCUUCCAUGUUCUGUCCAGAUAUUACAAUGGAUGUUGAUGAUGCUCCUGUAGUCCAUAGUGAUGAUGCUAGAGAAACUGCUAACAGUCCUUUACCAUACGAACCAAUAUUCUCUACCCUUGUUGAUGAAAUAACUGGAGCUGAAUUGCAAUUUGAUCUUACUCCUGUAGAAAUUGAGAUGAGGAAACAAAUGUUCACUGAAGACAAUCCAGUUCAGAAGACGAAAGUCCACUGUACUGCUUGCAAUGUUCACCUAGGAAGCGCCUUAUCUGGAGCAAACAAUCGUUUUGUUCACCCACUUUUGAAAGUAUUGAUUUGCAAGAAUUGUUAUCAUUUUUACACAAGUGGUGAAUUUCAAAAGGAUGAAGAUGGAAGUGAAUUAUAUUGUAGAUGGUGUGGGCAAGGUGGCCAUGUGUUGUGUUGCUCGUCUUGCGAAUACGUCUUUUGCAAGCGCUGCAUAAAAAACAAUUUUGGACUAAAAAAAUUUAAAGAGAUUAGGGAAAGUGACGACUGGAAUUGCUUUAGGUGUGAGCCAGAACAGCUGUCAAUAUUAAGAGCUGCCUGCGCAGAGUUUAUGGAAUAUUAUACAAGAGAACUAUCACGGGCUUCAUCUCUAGCAGAAUCGCAUCCCGAGGUAAUGACAACAGACUACACGACGUGCUGUUUAUCCCCUGAGCCUAAAAAGGACGAGUCUAAGACCCCGGCGGUGAAUAGAAACCGACGAAAACGUAGUGAUUACGAAGUAGACCCCGAUUAUACUCCUAUCAAGGACGACGAUCAGCCACCAUCCAAGGUAAAGAAACUGUCUCCGACUCCACCCAUUACUACAACUCCUGUUCCAUUACUGCGACCAAUCGCACCCAAAUCUAACAUCGUCCGUUCUUUAACUCCAGGGCUAGUCCGACCACAGAUAUCGAGUACCGGCAAUCAAGUUUUUAGAAUCACCCAGCCAGCCAAUGCCAGGUUUUCCACUCCUACUAGUUAUACCUUACAAAAGACUACGGCGCAAGGUACCAACAUUAAAAGUCCAGCAUUUAUUACGGUUCCUUCUUCAAAGGCUAGUACCGGUUAUAUCCAAAUUGUUCCUACAAGCACACGAAUGGUACGUCCGCUGGGUUCGAUUUCUACUACAAAUUCCACAAAGCCAACAGGAGCCUCUCCUCUCAGAACACAACUCCAGCAGAGAGAUUUACAAAUGAAGCACGAAUGGUUUGAAAAAACCGUGAGAGCUGCUGCCAGGGUAAACUCGAAUCUGUCCUAUACUUUAACACAAUUAAACAGGCAACAAUCUCAAGCAAGUAGUGUAGAAGCUUUAGCCAUGGUGCAUAAUAAGUUACAAGAAGUCCUAAGUACUUCCAUAAACUCUUUAAUACAGAUAAGGAAGAAUCUAAGGACGGAAUUUAUAGCAGGAAUCAAAAAUGUUAAGUUCCCUCCAAAACCAGUUCCGCCACUAGCUGCCAAACCAAUCGUUGUCAAGGAUGAUGAUGAUGUUAUUUUUGUCAAUACUACAAAUUCGGGACCUAGUAAAACCCAGCCGCCACCUCUAAUAAUUUCAAAAACAGUAAGUCUGACGAAAAUAAACUCGUCUAACAGUGUCACCAAUCCAUUCGCACACCCAAAGCCCAGUACCUCUGGUACAAAAGCAACUAGUAUAGUAAACAAAAUUGUGACACCAACCACGAAGACUGCUUCCGUUGCUACAGUUUCGUCUGCUACUCCAGUUAAGGGUGGAGGGUUUUUAAAGGUGCGAUCUUUCGUAUCACUCCAAUCAGUUCCAUCAGAGUGUAUUACGAUACCUGAUGACCCGACAUCACCCAUUAGUGAAAAAGAAGAUCCUUUAAAAGUUCCAGAUGAUCCAUUAGAAAUUAACAAUGAUAUAUCAACAGAAUCAGGAAAACGGCGGACUUUUAAGAAGCAAAAACCUUCGUCGAAAGCUUCUAAUUUAAGGACCAACUCACCGGUCCUCAUACUCGAUGACACUGAGCCCUUGGUUUACAAUGUUACACAAAAGCCUUCGCGGGAAAUUAAAAAGAUGAUGGAAGCCACCGUCGUGAUUCAAAAAUCGUUGGAGAUUGAGAAAUUAUUGAAAAAUGAAAAGAACUUGAAAAAUUGAAAAAUAAUUGUAAAUAUUGUAAAUGCAUGAAUGGAAAGAAUGUAUGUAAACUUCAAGCACGAGAGUAUUCAGCUGGCCUGAAAAUGAGUUUAUAUUUUCUUUGUUAUUUAAAAAUUUCAUAUUUGGGUCAUUUUUAAAACCUAAAAAUCUUCAUAGAAGUUCACACAUAAAUUGAUUCCUAGGUAUAAUUGAUUGUACAUACAAUUUUGGGUGAUACUAUUUUAUAAGUUAGUGAAUCUAAUAAUUAAAUGUAAAAAGUAGAUGUUUUACGUUUAUGUGACAACUUUUAGUACUCAUUUUUUUAUUGACAUUACUGAAACUGAAAUUUUGUUAUUAUUGUAAUUUCAAUAUUUUGUAUUUUUCCAUAAUUAUCAAUUUUGCAAUUCCUUAAGUUGCCAAGCAAUUAUGCAUAUUGUACGAAUUUUAUAAGUUGUUCACUUUGCAUAAGGGUUAUAAUUUAGUUUGUAAUAUUUUGAAUAAAAUAUAUAAUAUUCUAA